CACGGGAACGUCAGAGUUGGACGAGAGAGUUGUUCCUUGUCUUUGCACCCUGUGCUCGGAGCAGAUGGCAUGGCAAAGUGAAGCGCUCUCGUAGUGUGUGUUCUUCAGCUGCUGUAAGGCUGUGGUGUGUGUCGGAAGAUUGAGAUGCGGGUCAUUGUGGGAACGGCAACCUCAGGAACGUGAAUUCCUGCUCCGGACAUUCCCAACCGUCUUCAGGCUUGUUGUCGGACAACCGGCGUGUACAACUCAGGAGAGAGUCUUUUCACACAACACACAAGGCAAUUGAGAUCAUUGAGUUUUUAUGCUUGUGUUUGUGUGUGUGAGACCGUCUCGGACCUGCGGGGAGUCCUGUUACACCGAUAGCCACCCCUUAUGCAUGUUUCAUCUGCUGGGAGGAGAACUGAGCCUUCCUUUGUCAUCUAAUACGUCCAGUCCACCAGCUGUAGGCCUCAAACACUCUUUGUCCACCCAAACACCAUCAGGUGCUCUUUGUCAGUUCAAAGUGUAGCUAAAACAAGAAGGGAAGAGCCCCGGAUUCUCAAGCAAUCGUCAAGAACGUGUUCAGCACAGGACUGGAUGUUUGACUUUUGACCAAAGUACGUUUUGUGCUCCGGCUCUUUACAGACGCUCAGGAUCAACUUAACACCUCCGUUUCCUCUUGAAUCUUUAACUCGGUCGGUUUGGCAGAUAGCCUCUCACCCAGACCGGGCUACGUCUCAAUUUAGCGUCUUAACGGUGAUCGCAGCGGCAGGGGUGGUGAGUUUGGAGCAUGACGGACACCCUUCGACCACCAUCCCUCCAGGUGCACGUCCCCCGGGACGAUCCCGGCCAUGGAGAGGAGGAGGGCGGAGGCGGAGGAGGUCACGACAGCCUCGUCUGGUCCAACUCGUCCACCCCCACCCUGCGGCGCCGACGGUUUAAGAUGAGGCGAAUGAAAAAGCUGCCCAGUGAGCGGGAACGGCUUGAGAACGGGCUACUGUGGCAGCCAGGGUCACGCUCGGCUUCCAAGGAGUACCUUCAGCUGCCCUCCAUCGAGAUCACGCCGUCCAGCGACGAGGACGCGGGCUGGUCCAACAGCUCCACCCCGAGCGCCUCGCCCCGGCGCAAACGCUUCCUGCUUCGCAAGUGGCUCAAGGUGCGAGAGAAGAAGGAGCAAGGCAGUGAGAGCAGCAGUCAGCAGAGUAGCCAGCAGAGCAGCCAGCAGAGUAGCCAUGACGACGACUCCAGCCGAUUCCUGACUCCCUCCAUCCGGGAGGACAGGGCUGACGGUGGAGCAGACAAGUGUAGCACUGCCAGUAACUCUAACCGGAGUUCUCCUGCUUGCUCUCCGGUCCUGCGGAAGCGCUGCCGCUCUCCCACUCUGCAGAACGUCGAGGCGGAUAACAUGGUGGAGAAAGGCUCUGAGCAGUCCGACACCUCCAGGUCCCCGUCCACCCCUGAGCAACUGGUCACGCGCAACUUCUCGGGACAGUCCACGCGCAGCGGGGGCAAGAACUCCAAGUCUCACAAGCGACUUUCCAAAAAAAGCCAGAGCUGGUACAACCAUGAGAGACAGCACAUUCUCAGAGUCCUCAGUCCCACAUAUAAGCAGCGUAAUGAAGACUUCAGGAAGCUCUUCAAGCAGUUGCCGGACACAGAGCGUCUUAUUGUGGACUACUCCUGCGCUCUCCAGCGGGACAUCCUCCUGCAGGGCCGCCUCUACCUCUCCGAAAACUGGAUCUGUUUCUAUAGCAACAUCUUUCGCUGGGAGACUCUGCUUACAGUACGGCUGAAAGACAUCUGCUCCAUGACGAAAGAGAAAACAGCACGUCUGAUUCCCAACGCCAUCCAGGUGUGCACGGACACUGAGAAGCACUUUUUCACGUCAUUUGGUGCGAGAGACAGGACUUACAUGAUGAUGUUCAGACUGUGGCAGAACGCACUGCUGGACAAGCCACUCUGCCCUAAAGAGCUCUGGCACUUUGUACAUCAGUGCUACGGCAAUGAGCUGGGACUCACCAGCGACGAUGAAGACUACGUGCCGCCUGAUGAUGAUUUCAACACAAUGGGAUACUGUGAGGAGAUCCCAGCCGAGGAGAACGAGGUCAGCAAUGAUAACUCAUCCAAGAGCAGCAGUGAGAACAAACAAGACAACAGUUCACCUCUGACACACAAGAGAUCCAUCACCCAGUCCACCAUCACCUCCACCACACCUCCCAGCAGCACUGACACACCGCUGUCUUUCGACAUUGCAGCUGAGGAGUACACAGACUGCCUUGCUGAUGGAGAUCUUCUGAGUCUCCCUCUGCUGGUGGAGGAGAGGAACAGCGAACCGUCGAGUCCUCUGGGCCCCUUGCCUUCACCUUCACUCGACUUCAACGACAACGAGGAUAUACCCACUGAUCUCAGUGAUUCCUCAGACACGCAUGAUGAAGGAGACGAGGUUCAAGCGUUCCACGAGGAUCUGAAUGGCCGUCACUACAUCAAUGAGGUGUAUAAAUUCAGUGUCGAUAAGCUGUACGCCAUCCUCUUCACGGAGUCCCAGUUCAUGACAGACUUUAUGGACCAGAGGAGAUUCACAGAUGUGGUGUAUCACCCAUGGAAGAAGGAGGAUGCGGGAAAUCAGACGAGGGAUAUCAUGUACACAAUCUCGCUGAGCAACCCACUGGCUCCUAAAACAGCUACAGUUACUGAGACUCAGACCCUGUAUAAGGCCAGCCAGGAGAGUGAGUGCUACAUCAUCGAUGCGGAAGUCAUCACUCAUGACGUGCCGUACCAUGACUACUUUUACACCCUGAACCGCUACAUGCUAACACGUGUGUCCAAGAACAAGUGUCGGCUGAGGGUGUCUACAGAGCUGAGGUACAGGAAACAGCCAUGGGGGCUGGUGAAGGGCUUCAUUGAGAAGAACUUCUGGAGUGGGCUAGAUGAGAACUUUAAAAGCCUUGAGCUGGAGUUAGCAAAGAUGGAGGACGCUGUAAUGGAAAGUCACAGACUGUCUCCUAAAGCAGUGAAGAACUCCACCCUGAGGCGGAGGAAAAGGGGUCUCGCUCACCUCCGCACAGCCCAUCUAGAUGAGACUCUCAGCCCUGUUACCACACCAACAGACGAGGAGGUCAUCCACCGCAUCAAACACGUGGCAGGUUCCACUCAGACAAGACACAUUCCUGAGCACAUGCCAGGGGCCGGGAUUUUCAGCAACCUCUCUAAACCAUUACUCAUCAUCAGCUUUGUGAUCUGUAUAAGUCUGGUGCUACUGGUGUUUCUGAAUGUGAUGCUGUUCUAUAAACUCUGGAUGCUGGAGUAUUCUGCACAGAGCCUUACCAGCUGGCAGGGCUUACGCCUACAUGAGAGCAGUAAGCUGCCGCAGACACAGAUGGAAUGGGCACAGCUCCUGGAGUCCCAGCAGAGGUGCCAUGACGCUGAGCUGCAGAAAUGGAGAGAGAUCAUCAAAUCUUCAGUACUGUUAUUGGAUCAGAUGAAGGAUUCCUUACUGAACCUACAGAAAGGUGUGGGACUGCGAGAUUACAACUCGGACUCGGACGAGGAGAGGAGUCGAUAUUACUGACAGUCACCCUCCAGGCCACCAGGGAGCGCUGUGCAAUGUAGAGCCACGUAUAAGAACGAAAGGCAAAAAACAAAGGGCCCAUCUGUGCGUGUUUGACUAUGCAUACCAAACAAAAGAGACACUUGAUAGAGACCAGAAGAAGAAGAGAUGGACCAGAUGCUGCCAUCGGACGAUCCAAGUGGAUCCAAGUCAACCUACGGGAAGUGGGGCCGUAUCUGUCCCGUGGAAUUGUGGGACGGUUACGGUCCGAGUGCGCCCACCACUGUUCCAGCUUUCUUUCAGGUUCUCUUUCCGAGGAUGUUACUGUACACUCCUGUCAGAGGAACGGAACGGACACGAGGAAGCAUGCUUAGCCCUCCUUUCUUUUGAAGUGUUUUUAUUGGUUCAUUGGUACAAAGAAUGAGGAAAAUGAUCUUUUUAGCUUGAUUUUGACCAGUAACGCCACAGCUGCCCUGUCCCUUUUCCAUUUGUGAGAGCUGUGAUGAACGAGAUCAUUGAGCGUAUUAUCAAAUCUAUAAUAUCAGGGCUGGUUUCCUUGAUAAACCUGUGCUGGAAGGUUUCAUUCACUCAAAAAGGGCCAUUUGCGCAAAAAACGGGGACCUUCCAUUUCUGUGAAGCGUUAACCAUUAUGCUAAUGUGUAUUUGCACCAGAGAAAGACUGUGAAAAGGGACAUCGCAGACGGGAAGAUUGAUAGUUUUUGAUUACUAAACUGUGAUAUCUCCUGAUUUAUUUGAAGAUGUAGUACAAAUAUAUGAAUAUGUUUGAAAUAUAUACUUUAUUCAAGAUUUAAUAUAUAUAUUUCAAUAUAUGUAGAGGUCAUUGCAGAUAUUUAUUGUUCAUUCAUGUACAUAGGACACUUAUCAAAGCUCUAGACGGAAAGCGUUUAUAAUUAUUAAACUGCGUUUUCUUCGGCAACACGCACAAGCACGUUUGAGACGUGUAUCGUAAUUCGAUCGGUGUCUAUUUUGGUGAAUGUAAGUGUGUUCGUGUGACGUUUGAAAUCAUUCCACUUAGCACGUCUUGUGUCUUCCUCCCGGCACAUGAAGCCAAACUGCCUUGUUCUUGCCCAGCAGCUCAAUCCACUGGGCGUCUGUUUACACAUCCGCCUGGCUUCAGAAAGCCCCGAAACAA